AAGAAGAGCUUGUUUUCUUUAAAAACCCAGCACACACCGGAAGGGAGGGGAAUCUGUCUGUCUCCCUCUUUUUUCUGUCUGUCAGUCUGUCUGUCUGGCGUCGAGCUGCGGAAGACAGUCAGAGCCGGUGUGUUUGUUAUGGGAGCCAGCUAACAAGGAAGGGCGAAGACUUCAGUUUUAAGUGAAAGCAAACGGCAGGAAACGGCCAUUCAGCAGUCUCACUGGAUCCCCUGAGCGCACUGGGAGUAAACUUUAUUUCGAAAUGUUAUUUUUCAAGUUAUUUAUUUUGUGUUUCUGCCUGCGGGAUAUUGGAGGUCAGUUUGGAAACCCUUUGAACAAGUACAUUCACCAUUAUGAAGGUUUGUCGUAUGACACGGAGGCACUGCACGAAAGUCACCAGAGAGCCAAAAGGGCACUAUCUCCACAGGAAAAGACCGUGCACUUGAACUUCCAUGCUCACGGAAGACACUUUAACUUGCGGCUGAAGAGGGAUACAAGUCUCUUUUCUCCAGAUCUUAUUAUUGAUGUGUCUGGGGAGGAGGCACCCAUUGACACAUCCCAUAUUUACAGUGGAGAAAUUUUUGGUGAAAAGGGCACACUGACCCAUGGCUCUGUGGUUGAUGGACGCUUUGAGGGCUUUAUUAAAACCCACCAAGGAACUUACUAUGUUGAGCCCUCAGAGAGAUAUUUGAAUAACAAGAAUGUACCAUUCCAUUCCGUCAUCUAUCAUGAAGACGACAUCCAUUAUCCCCAUAAGUAUGGCUCAGAGGGAGGCUGCGCUGACCACUCUGUGUUUGAAAGGAUGAAGAAGUACCAGACAUCUGCAGUUCAGGAGCCAGUUAAAAUGGAGAACGUUAUGUUGGAGGAUGAUGGCUCAGAUGGUCCAGUCAUUCUGAGACGAAAGAGGGCAGCAGGGAAAGAGAAAAACAUCUGCCAGCUCUACAUUCAGACCGAUCACUUCUUCUACAAUUACUACGGCACAAAAGAGGCCGUCAUCGCUCAGAUUUCCAGUCACGUGAAGGCGAUCGACUCCGUUUACAAAGUCACGGACUUCACGGGCAUACGGAACAUUGGUUUUAUGGUUAAAAGGAUAAGGAUAAAUUCCACAGAUGAAGAAAAGGACAGAAGUAAUCCUUUUCGUUUUGCCAACAUCGGUGUGGAAAAGUUCUUGGAGCUUAAUUCUGAACAGAACCAUGACGAUUACUGUCUAGCCUACGUCUUUACUGACAGAGACUUUGAUGAUGGCGUGCUUGGCUUGGCCUGGGUUGGUGCUCCUUCAGGAAGCUCUGGUGGCAUCUGUGAAAAGAACAGGAUGUACUCGGAUGGGAAGAAGAAGUCUCUCAACACUGGGAUCAUUACAGUGCAGAACUAUGCUUCACAUGUCCCUCCUAAGGUGUCACACAUCACCUUUGCGCAUGAAGUUGGACACAACUUUGGUUCUCCUCAUGACUCCGGGAUUGAAUGCACACCUGGAGAAUCUAAGCAGCAGGACCUAAAGGAGAAGGGAAACUACAUCAUGUAUGCUCGAGCCACAUCAGGGGACAAAACAAACAACAACAAAUUCUCCAUCUGCAGCAUUCGCAAUAUCAGUGCUGUCCUCACAAAGAAGAGAGAUGACUGCUUUGUUGAGUCUGGACAGCCUAUCUGUGGUAAUGGCCUUGUAGAAGAGGGAGAGCAAUGCGACUGUGGCUACAUUGAUCAGUGUAAAGAUGACUGCUGCUACAACGCCAAUGAAGCAGAUGACAAAAAGUGCAAACUCAGACCUGGCAAAAAGUGCAGUCCCAGCCAAGGCCCAUGUUGCCAACCUAACUGUGAAUUCAAAGUCACCGCAGACCAAUGCAGAGCGGCGUCGGAAUGUGCUGAGCAAGGAUGGUGCAACGGAGUCACUGCUCUGUGUCCGACCUCCACACCAAAGAAAAACUACACCACCUGCAAUUCUGGAACCCAAGUUUGCAUUAAUGGGGUCUGCUCUGGUUCCAUUUGUGCAAAGUACAACCUGGAAGUUUGCACCUGCGCCAGCCAGGACAGCAAGGAUGAGGCUGCCGAGCUGUGCCACGUGUGCUGCAUGGAUAAAAUGAACCCCAGCACCUGCAGCAGCACGGCCUCAGACAGAUGGGCGCAUCGGUUUAAUCGAACGGUAAUAACGCUGCAGCCUGGCUCGCCCUGCAACGACUUCAAGGGAUACUGUGAUGUCUUCAUGAGGUGUCGCCUUGUGGAUGCUGAUGGGCCUUUGGCAAGGUUAAAGAAGGCCAUUUUCAAUCCAGAGCUCUAUGAGAAUAUCGCAGAUUGGAUUGUGGCUCACUGGUGGGCAGUGCUGUUGAUGGGCAUCGCUCUUAUCAUGUUAAUGGCGGGCUUCAUUAAGAUUUGCAGUGUGCACACCCCCACCAACAACCCCAAACUUCCUCCAGCAAAGUCACUUCCAGAUACGUUGAGACGGAGAAAGCCUCAGCAGGCCAACACUCGAGCCAGGGAGCAAGCUUACAGCCGUCCCGAGCAAUAUUCAAUGGAACCGAUGAGCCGCCAGAGGUAGACGCUGCUCUGUGCCUUGCUUCAGUGCCUACAACAGGAGCACUUCACUCCAAAGAGUUACCUUUACAACUCCGUGCAAAUUUCAAUGAACUUGAAAUUGAAAAUGUUUUAAUGGGCAAUGUCCAAAGUUGUCUUAUUUUUGUGAUGAGGAGGGCUAACAGACACCCACCACCCUUUGUUCUGAGAGCCAGAUUAAAAGAUCAAAAUCGGUUCACGUAGCUUUUAUAGGAAAUGCAUAAGUUUUGAAUAGAGAGGAAGGAAAAGAAAUACACUACACUCUUAUUCAGUCUUAAUAUUACCGUUUUCGUUGAAUGCCUUAUUUUUAGAAUCUCAAAUUAAAUUGAUGGGACGAGAGGUUUAUUUGUGCCCCUCCAUUGUGCAACUUUUUUUAUUGCUUCAAAUGAAACCAGUGCC